UUAGGAAACAAAUAGCUCUAUCAUUUGCACACACCCUUAUAGGCAGAUGACACUCCUCUAAACUCAAGUUCUUCAAAAGAAGGGAAGGCAGGAUGAAGACCUCUUUGUUACUGUGGGGAGUCCUGGCAGUUUUCUUGGGGGCUGCUCUUGUGGCAGGUUAUGAGGAUGAGGAGGCGGAAGAGCGUGUCCUAGUUGAUAACAAGUGUAAAUGUGCAAGGGUGACCUCAAAGUUUGUCCCUUCUAAGGACAAUCCUGAGGAAGAAGUCCUGGUGAGAAACAUACGAGUCAUAGUCCCCCUGAUGAGCAGAAAGAACAUCUCUGAUCCCACCUCACCAGUGAGAACCACUUUUGUCUACCGGCUGUCUGAGCUCUGCAAAAAAUGUGAUCCCACAGAAGUGGAGCUGGGUGACCGGAUAGUGACUGCUGGGCAGAGCAACAACUGCAGCAGUUCCGAUACCUGCUACACCUAUGACAGGAACAAAUGCUACACCAAAACCUUCCCGUUUUUCUAUGACGGGAAGAUCAACACUGUCCAAGCAGCCCUGACUCCAGAAUCCUGCUACGCUGAUUAGAUUAAACCACUGCUGUUAGAGUGCCUUGUUAUACUGUCAUCUGCCCCCACAGACCAAAACACAUUUAUAUUAGCAUGGUAAGAAAGACAGAGUCUGAAAUAUCAGCUCCUCACAGUUAACAUGCUAGCUACGUGAAAAGUAACCCCUUCCUUCUAUAGCACCCGGUGAUAAUAAAUAUAACUGAAUAAUUAAGCCAAUUAUGCAUGGUGGGCAAAAUCCUAUACUGUGAGGCAGAUCCUCAGCUGGUAUAAAUCAAUGUAACUGCCUUGAAAUCAAGGGAACUACACGAACUUACACCAGCGGGGGAUCUGGCUUGGACAGUCUUCAUUCAGUCCUGCCUCAGAUGAGGGUCUCAUUAAAGUCAGUGGGAGUUUUGCCCUAGUAAUAAAGACAGGAUUUGUUGUUCUCUAUAUAUAGAAACAGUGACAUCCAAAUGCCAUGCCAGUGUUUGGAUUCAGCUUUCCACGAUUAUGUUUUCCAAAGCAAUUUCUCCAGGGUCAUGGUCUUUUUGGUUAAUACAAUACCUUUUAGCCCAGAGGGACAACACUCCUGCACAUACAAUAUCAGUGUGCCAUUUGAGAUGGCCCCUUGUUUGUGCUCUUUUGGAAAACCCCACUUAAAUGAUCUAAAAUAAUCCUAUGCACAAACUUUAAGUAACACAAGACCAUACUGUUACACUCCCACCUGUGAGCAUAAUAGAAAUCAGUGCCAUUAUUGAGAAGGCGGUCAUUCAGGAUGGGGCUUUCAAAGAUGCCUAUGGGAUUUGGAAACCCAGUUUCUGUUCAUUUUUAAUGGGCAUCCUAAUCCCUUAUGUGGCUUUGAAAAUCACAUUCUCAGUGUAUCCCUGCAUAUUUAGAGAAGACUGAGGAUGUUGCUGCUCUUGAGUAUUUUUAAAUGGUGCCAAAAUACCAUGUGUUACGGGAAUGGUAAAUUAUUCUUUCCCUAUAUAUUCGAGAUUGAGCUACUUACCAAUGAUAUUUCACUACUCUGUGUUUCCAUACUGACAAUUAUUAAUGCUUUCUCCAAUUCAUCCAACACUGGGGAGAACAAAUUAUUUCUUUCAGUUUAAAUAAAUAAAUGGCCUAGGCCCUGAUUCUGCAUUCAGAGGUGCAUUGGCAGCAUUUGGGCUUGCACGAAUCUGAUUGCAAGAACGGGGUCCUACUUAGAUUCCUUUCUCUUGUUUGUAGAAGGAAUUCUCACCCAUCAAAGAGGCUGAUAUUGCAAUGCACUGUUUGUCACAUUUGAGUGCAUCAUCCCUUGUGUUUUCACUAAGCAGUCAUGUGUGAAAGUCCAUAAACUGUGUGCAGCAUUACCCCUGAGAAGGCUGAUACAUUCCUCUCUGUUAUUAAAAUUGGUUGCAUCCCUAGGUUAUUCUGAGA